UCUGCAUCCUCUUCCGAUCAGGGUUUUCUGGACAUUGACCUAACGGACCUGAGGAAAGGUGGGGCGAACAUCACAGGCUUCCAGCUGGUCAACUACACAGAGCAGAACGUCAGCCGUACCAUUCAGCAGUGGAUGGAGUUCGAAAACAAAGAUGCCAAGAUCCCCAAGAGACGCCUGAAGUACACCGGAGCAUUGACAUAUGAUGGGGUGAAGGUGAUGUCUACAGCAUUCCAGAACCUUCGGAAACAGAGGAUAGACAUCUCUCGCCGUGGUAACGCAGGCGAAUGCCUCGCCAACCCGCCCGCACCCUGGGGCCAAGGCAUAGAUAUACAGAGAGCCCUGCAACAGGUGCGUAUCGAUGGCCUGACAGGUCAUAUCCAGUUCAAUGAGAAAGGACGCAGGACCAACUUCACCGUCAGUGUCAUGGAGCUAGCCCCCUCUGGACCUAAGAAGGUGGGCUACUGGAACGAGGACGAGAAGUAUGUGAGCACAGCCACCUUCAUGAGAGGAAGCAACGACAGCAGCUACGGCCUACAGAACAGGACCUACAUAGUUACCACCAUCCUGGAAUCCCCAUACGUGAUGCUGAAGAAGAACCAUGAUCAGCUGUCAGGGAACGAUAAGUACGAGGGUUACAUUGUGGAGCUAGCGGCUGAGAUCGCCAAGCACGUUGGAUACCACUACAAACUGAAGGUGGUCUCAGAUGGGAAGUAUGGAGCCAGAGACCCCGAGACCAAGAUGUGGAACGGCAUGGUCGGAGAGCUGGUGUACGGGAAAGCAGACGUGGCGGUAGCCCCACUGACCAUCACCCUGGUUCGAGAAGAGGUGAUCGACUUCUCCAAGCCAUUUAUGUCUCUGGGCAUCUCCAUCAUGAUCAAGAAGCCCACCAAGUCUAAACCAGGUGUCUUCUCCUUCCUGGACCCGCUGGCCUAUGAGAUCUGGAUGUGUAUCGUGUUCGCCUACAUCGGUGUGAGCGUGGUCCUGUUCCUGGUGAGUCGCUUCAGCCCCUACGAGUGGCACGCAGAGGACUAUGAAGAGGAGGCCGACCCUCAGACCCCAACCCAGCCGACGGGGCCCGGUGCUGGGUUACAGUCGGGGCAGAGUCCUGGUCAGCCAGGCCAGAACCAGCAGAAUCAGGAACAGACCAACGAGUUUGGCAUCUUCAACUCUCUCUGGUUCUCCCUGGGAGCCUUCAUGCAGCAGGGAUGUGACAUCUCACCCAGGUCUCUGUCGGGGCGGAUAGUAGGGGGCGUGUGGUGGUUCUUCACUCUCAUCAUCAUCUCGUCCUACACGGCCAACCUGGCUGCUUUCCUCACAGUGGAGAGGAUGGUCUCCCCCAUAGAGAGUGCUGAGGACCUGGCUAAACAGACUGAGAUCGCCUACGGAACUCUGGAUGCUGGUUCCACCAAAGAGUUCUUCAGGCGGUCUAAGAUCGCAGUGUUUGAGAAGAUGUGGUCGUACAUGAAGUCGGCCGACCCCUCAGUGUUUGUGAAGACCACAGACGAGGGUGUGAUGAGGGUGAGGAAGUCCAAAGGGAAGUACGCCUACCUGUUAGAGUCCACCAUGAACGAGUACAUUGAACAGAGGAAACCCUGUGACACCAUGAAGGUCGGGGGGAACCUGGACUCUAAAGGAUACGGUAUCGCCACGCCCAAGGGCUCACCCCUCAGAAACCCUGUUAACCUGGCCGUGUUAAAACUGAACGAGCAAGGCCUGUUGGACAAACUGAAAAACAAAUGGUGGUACGACAAGGGCGAGUGUGGCAGCGGGGGCGGGGACUCCAAGGAUAAGACAAGUGCGUUGAGCCUGAGCAACGUGGCCGGAGUGUUCUACAUUCUGAUUGGAGGGCUGGGCCUGGCCAUGCUGGUGGCGUUGGUGGAGUUCUGCUACAAGUCGCGAACCGAGUCUCAGAGAAUGAAGCAGAACGUCAACGACGCCAUGCACUGCUCCACCAUGAGCGGGAACGGGAACGGGGGAGGAGGAGGUGGAGGAGAGAACGGACGCAUCCUAACUCACGACUUCCCUGAAACAGUCCAGACUCUCCCCUGCAUGAGCCACACCGCCAGCAUGGGGCUCAGCGCCUCCGGCAUGUGAUCACAUGACUUGGCACAAGGGACUGAGCAGGAGACUCACUCAUAGACCUUACAAAGAUGGCCACAUUAAUGGUGACAUUGACCUUAUGAACAUGGCCCUCUUUCUGAACCGUUUGUUUGUGUGGUGGCUGCGUGCUGUGUCGGAGACAGACUUCAAUACUACUGCCAAAUGCACUCUGAAAUCACUCACUACAAACAGGGGAAACAUGUAGAUGGAGAAUAGAAAUGAACAGAAAAGAAGAUAAGGAAAAUGUUUUGAAAAUGGAGCCAUUGUUGGGACGUGAUUUUUUUUGUUUCUUUUAUAAUGAUUUUUGAAAAAAAAGGUGUUAAUUUCUGUGUAAAAAAAGAGAACUAUCCCUUAAAUGCCGCCUGCCCUGCCCUGCCUUUUUCUGACCUGACCUGCCCUGCCUUUUUCUGACCUGACCUGCCCUGCCC